CUGCGGUGAAAGCGGACACGUCUGCGCCAUUAGACUCUGUCGGGGCUCGGAUGAAUACGAACCUGGCCGAUGUGAGCAUGCCCCUCGAUGAUGAUGCUUUGGAGACGACCGUAGUUCGGAUGCAUCCGAAGCAGACAGACGCUGGACUCGAACUGACAGGCGUGGAGGGUUGUGGACAAGUCACGACUUUCGACAAAGCGGACGGGUCCUCGCCACUGUAUUCCGCUGAGGGCCAGAUUGAUCCGAAGCCCGGCGACGUGAGCAUGCCCCACGACACUUCCGGAAAUGAGAUGCGGGCCGUUGACUUGGACCAACGACUCGGGCCGGGUUACGAGGACCUCUUGUACUCUGGCCUUCACGGCGAGGCUAUGGGAGAGGAUCUUCUGAAGAAGGCCUCUGACACUGUUGAAGAUAAAUUGUUCUACUUAAGUGACGACGACGAAGACACAGUGCAUGAGGACAAGAAGUUAAGGGGGGAGGAAUUGUUGUUUGACAUCCACGGAACCUUGAGCCCGACACAAUACGACACUGUGGCAAUGGAGAAAACACAACCUGUCAAUGUUGUGGACCUUGACGCUCUUAGUUCAGAGAAGAGUGGAUUAAAAUUGUUCGUCGCGGACGUGGAGGAUUUGCGCCAUCGGGAGGAAUUUAUGUCGUCACCAAUCAUCGACGCCGACACCUCCAACCUGUCAAGUUUUCCAGAUGGUUUGGAGCACGUCAUCGCGGUGUCGACGCGAAGAGGGUUGGCAUCGUGCUGGGACUACCAUCGGUGGACUCUGGUGACGUGGAAGCUAAGCCUGGUAAGCAUUGAAUUUCUCAGCUUGCUUUCUGCUCGUCAACCCGUUCUUGAGGUGUUGUUUUGUUCUUUGCUUCCGGGGAGUUGUAUUGACAGCCGCCAACUGAACGUUAUCGUUGGGGUUCAUGAGGUGCUGUUUGCUUCGUUACUCUUGCGAAGUUGUGUUGUUAGCCGCAACUGAACGUUAUCGGUGGAUAUCUUAACCGACGCUUAUUGUAGUCGAACAUGGUGUGCUAUUUCUUGUACAGGUCGA